UUGAAAGUUUUUUUUUGGGCUAAUAUCAAAAUGUGCAGACACCGGUAGUAUAAUAGAUGCUCUGAAAACGGUAUUCUUAGAAAGUAAAGUAAAAAGUCAACACAUAAACUAAAAUAUAGCAAAAAAAAAAAAAAUGUCAAAAGGAAAUAUUUAGCCACAUCAAUCAGUGUAAAAUUGGUCUACUCACUGUUCAUUGAGUCAUCAUUGAAUUUCGUUUGUCAAAGAAUGGGAUCCAUUAUUGUGAAUAUAUUUAGUUUUACUACUUUUAUAAUAAUAAUAAUCUCGAUAUCGGUCGCAUCUCAACCAACAUCCAUUAAUAGACACUAUUAUCAACUAGGUUUUGCGACGAACAAUAUAGUGUCCAAAUGUGAUUUCUUAACGAAUAGCUGCCGAUUUCGUAAUCAACAUAAUUUAGCCACAUAUAAUCGAUAUUAUAAUGCAGAAAAAAUGUUUUUCGAUCGUCAUUCAUUGUUAUUAUUGAAUAUUAAUGCACCACGUUCACAACGUUAUCCUGGUGCACGAUUAAUAACACCAUAUUAUCAAGCCAAAUAUCAUAAUGCUUGUUUAUUUGUUUCAUAUCGUUAUAGUGGUCCUGGAACCUUACGUUUCUUUAUAAUUCAACAAGAUAUAGAUAAUAAAUGUAUUUUUUCUGAUGAUCAUUUUAAAUCAUCCAUAUCAAUCAGCAAUGAAAAUGUCUGGAAUCAUUUGGAAUUACAAUUGGAUCUAAGUGAUGGUGAUGUUCGAUUCUUUUUGGAAACACAUUUCAAUAGUUCAGCUAAAGCUGGAUAUUUUGCCAUUGGUGAUUUUAAUUUUGGUUAUGGUAAUUGUCGAAAUAAAAACGAAAAUCAUUGUUACGAUAAUAUCAUCAACAGUCAUAUAAAUGUAGCACCAACAGCCAAUUGAUUAUGAUGAUUACAUUUAUUCAAAUGAUGAGUUAAUGAUGCUUGCUUGUUUUUUUUCAAAAAGCAUAAAUACCAACUAUAUGUUCCUGGCUAUUUCUAAUAAAUAAAAUUUAUUCCUAUAAAUUCAGAAAACAAAUGGCAUUUA